GAGAAAACAGAAGUUUAAACUCAACAACAUGUCUGGAUGUUUGUAUAUCAUGUAAAGUGUUUGAUUAACAAACACUUUGUGUAACUAAAUCUUGAUCUAGCUGUUGGUGCGUUCUCAUUCGCCGUUGCGGAAGUUAAGACGGGAAACUCUACUCUCCUUGAAGUCAUCGCUGUCUAUUGUCCGGCGCUGCAGCAAUGAGAUUUAUCGUCCUUUUCCUGUUGUUUCAAGGGCUGCAGGUUAAAGUUCUUGGCCAAUUCGGCUCCACAACCACAGUCAUAGGGUACGUAGGUGAAACCAUUAUCUUGCGAGCCAAAGCCAUCGAAUCAUGGACUCUGAGCAGAAUUGACUGGUCAAUAUUGCACAACUUCACCUGGAUCGCAACAUGGGACCACACUGGUAUAAAUACUGAACAUCGCCCAGAAUACAAAGGGAGGCUCUCACUUAACACAACAACAGGGGAUUUAACGAUGCGAGAUCUUAGGUUACGUGACUCCAUGCAUUACGAUGUGAACCUCCUCAACAGUUCAAAUUACAACCAAGUAAACCGGGUCUAUCUAGUAGUGAAGGAACGCCUCAAGAAACCGACCAUACAGCUUAACCAAUAUUUCACAAAAAGUGAAAAUGGCUGUGUUUUGGUGCUGAACUGUUCUUCUCCAGUUACCGGCGUUGCCUUCGUUUGGGAGGUCGAGCCUUCGUGUGACCACUGCAGCAACAAUUCUUCAAGUAACACUUCAGAGCUUGUCGCCUUUUUCUCGACAAAGCCAGACUCUGUAAAUCUCACCUGCAUUGUCACGCGCGAAACGGAUAUCGAAUCAAACAAUUUGAUCUCUAAGAUUAAAGUACCAAUGCUCGAAAUGGAAUCCGAUUGUGGCUACAUGUUUGCUUGGGGAUUCAUCACUGCAUUUCUGAUUGUGACCGUGGUGAUUGUACUUUUGCGGUUUAGAGGUAAGAUAACCGAAAUAUUCCAGCGGCAAGUAGGACCAGGACCAGGACCAGGACCAGGCAUGACGGAAUCCAAAGUUCAGCCGGAGAGUGUGACUUCCUAAAAAUAAAAGUCCUAAAUUUGA